AUAUUUUCUUAUUUAAUCCCUCCCUUAUCUACUUUAAUCGGGUUAGUUAUUCGAUAAAUCGGUUUUAUAAAUUACAAUAAUCAAUGUAUAUAAAAAUACAGAAUCCCGUAAAGAAGCCAUUUUUUCAGGAGCAGACGCGUCUUCUUCUUCUUCUUCUUCUUUGGUAAGAAAUCAGAAGCGAAGAAGAGGUCAAAUUCUAUUCGAUCGGAGAAGAUGGGUUGCUUCAGCUGCUUCGACGGAACCCAAAAGCAACAGCGUAAGGAAGAAGAGAGACAAGCCUCCGCCGAAGCUCGCGCCAGAGCCGCCGAGGCUGCCCAGCGACGGAAAGAGCAAUUUGACAAGUCUGCAGCUGGAAGAGCUGCACAAGCUCAAUUACAGCAAAUGGCUAAACAGUCUGCAAAUACUAACAAAGGAGAGCCUGUUCUCAAGGUUUUAUACUUGUUUUUCCUCUAUUUAUUAUUGUGUAUCAUCAUCAUCAUCAAGUUAAAGUUUGCUUAUUUACCUUCUAUGAAUUGCAGUGGCAAAUGACGUAACUAUGAGUCCGGCUUUCAAAAGGAAUCGAAUUGUGAGACUGAUCCAUUGUAAAUUGUGUGCUCUUCAAUGUUUUCAAGACUUGAUCAUAUGAAUGGAAGGCUUAUUUGCUUCCUAAUUUAUCUGAUUAUCUUUUGAAUCCGCUAUAAAAGAAAAAAAACAGGAUCAUGUCCCUGUUUUAUUGUGAGCUCUGGAACUUAUAUCCAAUAAAUAUAAGUUGUUUAGGACAAUGUUAGAAUCUCAAGCCAGGCGAGCUGAUAGCUUUUAGUUUCGGCGGCAUGAGCCUAAGAUUCAUUUAUGCAUGUGUGAUUUAUGGGAAUGUCUUAAGACCUUUUUUUUAGUUCAA